AUGUUGGAUCUUGGUGCCAAGCUUGCUGGGAAGACGCUUCAAGAUGCUCUUCUUGAAGAAACCUUUGACUUUGAUGUCUUGAUCACAAAGCCCCAGAGUAUGCCGGCCAUCGCCAAGCUGGGGAAAGUCCUGGGCCCCAAGCGCUUGAUGCCAUCCCCGAAGAGCGGCACCGUGGUGACAGAUAUGGAAGCAGCCAUCGCGAAGUGGAAGCACGGAGGUACGACCGAGAUUCGCAACAACCCCGACAUGCAGAUCAACGUGUCUGCCGGGAGAAUCUUCCAGGGCAAAGAGAAGCUCGUGGAGAACAUCACCUCCUUGUUGCAGCAAAUGGCCGACAUGGCACCUAAGGGAGCUAAGAAGGUGGAGGACUACUGGCGGACGAUCCAUCUCUCUACCAACAAAAGCCCACAGUACAUGAUCGAUGACAGUGAGAAGCCCAGCCACGGCUUCAUCAAGCGCCUGGAAGGGGGUAUGGAUGAAAUCGCCAUCCGCAUGGGCAUCCUGGAGCCGCCGUAG